UGAGACGCUGCCUUAGGUACUUAUAAUAUCGGGAUACACAGAUCCUUCUCGGAAAAGCGGCAGGCAAAUGCAUGUGUAAGACCUUGUUUUGUGCUGGUACAAGAAUGAAUGCCAACAUACGAGAAAUGGCGUAGCAAUACAACUUUACAAUAGCUAAUCUAUUAACAUUUGGCUUAUUUAGUUAGUAAUAUCAUCCGUCCUCACUUCUGCCCUCCACCUAGUUCAGCAUUUCUAGCAUACAAGUCUAAAAGCCUUUGGUGUAGAGUAGACAGAAUGGCUCUUGAUAAGACAGGAUACCCUCCUCUUGACUUUAAUACAUUCUACAAUGUAAUCGACGGAGAACUUUCAUCCACCCCGAAUAACGUCCGUUACGGCAUAAAUCCUAUUACUUUGGAGAACAACCCGGCAGUUCCAAUAAGUUCAUUACACGAUGUCAACCGAGCUGUCGAAGCAGCCGGGAGAGCAGCAAAAUCAUGGGCCGAGGUCCCCUGGGACAAACGUGUGAGCGCGAUCAGAGAAUACGCCAAUGCCAUCGAAGACAAAGCCGAAGACUUUGUCCGGAUCCUAAUGAAGGAGACUGGUAAGCCUGUCAAUUUGGCGCGAACCGAAAUCAGUACAUGUGUUCAAUAUCUCAGGGAAUUCUGCCAGCUAUCCCUUCCUAGCGAAGUCAUCGAAGACACCGAGGAACGCAAAGUUGUUACCCGAUACGUACCUGUUGGUGUUGUGGUCGGGAUUGCCCCUUGGAAUUUCCCUGUUCAAGUCUCAUGUAUGAAGAUGACGCCUGCUAUACUAACUGGCAACGCCUAUAUAUGGAAGCCAUCUCCCUAUACGCCUUACUGCAGCCUUAAGUUUGCCGAAUUGGGUCAACGCUUUUUCCCUCCCGGUGUGCUCCAAGCCUUGAGUGGGGAUAACGAUUUGGGGCCUUUACUAACCGAACAUCCGAAUAUUCAAAUGGUGAGCUUCACUGGUAGUACUUUGGUGGGGAAAAAGGUAAUGGAGUCUUGUAGCAAGACAUUGAAGCGAGUGGUACUGGAAUUAGGCGGUAACGAUCCAGCUAUCGUUUGUGCUGAUGUCGAUCCUGCCUCUGUAGCGAAAAGAAUCGCCUCUAUUGCUUUCUGUCACUCGGGCCAGAUAUGCAUAGCAACGAAACGAAUCUAUGUCCACGAGGCAGUUUAUGACGCCGUGCUAGCUGCGAUGGUCGAGUUUGUGAAAACCUUGAAGUUGGGCUCUGGCGAGGACGCUUAUACAGGACCAAUAUCCACCAUAGAUCACUUCAAGUAUGUCAAGGGCUUACUCGCGAGCGUGGAAAGCGCAAAGCUUACGGUUGCAACGGGGAGUACGAAGCCCCCAUCCGAUAUGAGCGGUUACUACAUUGUCCCAACAAUCAUCGAUAACCCGCCAGAUGACGCACGGGUUGUCAUAGAAGAGCAAUUCGCGCCUGUUCUUCCCCUGAUGAGAUGGAAAGAUGAAGCCGAUGUCAUUUCUAGGGCCAAUAACACCAACAUGGGCCUUGGUGCAUCGGUUUGGAGUCGAGAUUUGGACCAAGCUGAGCGUCUGGGAAAGCAGCUUCAGGCUGGUAACAUUUGGAUUAACACACACUUAGAGAUUCAAACCAGCACCCCAUUUGCAGGCCACAAACAGAGCGGACUCGGAAUUGCAAUGGCAGUCGAUGGUCUAAAGGCUUGUUGCAAUGUGCAGAGCAUAUACACUCGCCCAGCCGAUAGCACUACAUGAUGACAGAGCGACCAUAACAGGAGAAGGAUCAUACACGUUCCCUUAUUUCCUGUCUUAGAAUUAGGUUAUUUUUACGAGAGGGAGGUAGUAUAAGUGUGUGUCAUGUACCGCAUGUUAAGUGGCUUAGAAUACGUAAAAAACAUGCACGUUAUUCUCA